UAUCGACCUUGCGAUGUGUUUACAUACAGACAUACUUGACUCUAACAAAAAUAUACGUGUGAAACUACUGCAUUUCAUUGGAAUUAUAAGAAAAAUGGGACGGAAUGUUUCUCGAGUUGCAUAAAACAUAUCGAUUCCUGCAUGUACCUUUUCGCUGCCUGAAUGUCAUGUCACCGCUUGACUUAAACAAGCUCAAGAAGAGGCCACUGGAGGCUUCGGAGCGACCCAAGAAAAAAGUAGACAGAUUCGAUGGAUUGACGGAGGAGGAGAUAGCCGAGAGGUAUACACUGGAAGAUUAUCUGGAGAUGAAUCUGGAUAUAGUGUUUGUCGGAAUCAAUCCGAGUUUAACGGCAGCGCACCGCGGUAGGUACUACGCGGGUCCCGGCAAUCACUUCUACAAGCUUCUGCACGAGUCCGGCCUGACGCCGAGAGCCGUCAGCUUCGAGGAGGACUACAAACUCCUGCGACACAGUAUCGGCCUGACGAACAUCGUAGCGCGCCCCACCAGAUCCGCCGCGGAUCUCAAACGGACCGAACUGAAGGAGGGUGCUGAAGUGGUGAGGGAAAAAUUGGCAUUGUACAAGCCCAGGAUCGCGGUGUUCAAUGGCAAGUGCAUCUACGAGGUGUUCGCCAGCAUCACCGCCAAGUCCGUGUUUCACUUUGGAUUGCAGCCAGAGCGCAUCGGUGAGCACACCGCGAUCUGGGUGACGCCGUCGAGCAGCGCGCGAUGCGCCAAUUUCCCGAGGAUGGUGGACAAGCUGCAUUUCUACACGGCGCUGAAGAAAUACCUGCGUCACCUGAAGGGCGAGAUCACCGACGUCGAUACGAAGGAAUUCUCUUUUCAGACAGGCAGGCGGGUUGCGCACAGCACUUCUAAGAUGUGGCGGCGCAAGAACGUCUCCACUUUUCUACACGGCGGUAGAGUUGUCAACAAAAAUACGCUUUGCCCGAAUGCAUCCGAGGAGGAUAUCGCUUCGAUUCGCACGGCGGAAUUUCUAGUGGAAAAAUCUAAUCGCGAGAAAUAUGAUAAAGACGAGGGAACGUCUGUCAGCGAGGAAACGUAUAGUCGAGAAGACGUUGAAAGACAAGAAUCGGUCGACGAAACUGUUGGGAAAGCUGAGAGGAGUACAAAGGAAACGGAAAAGCUUAUGGAUGAUGUUGGUGAUGAAAUGAUGAUUGUCAACGGGUCAGAGACUAAAGAAAUCUCCGAUAUUAAUAGCGAAGAGGAAAAAAGUUGCGCCGUUGUGAUUAACGAUAUUUUAAGUCACGAAAAUAAUGCAGACAAUUUGGAAAAUAAUGGAUGCACGUCUUCAAAGAUUACUCGCCAAACUCCAGGAACCGAAAAUAAUGCAGACAAUUUGGAAAAUAACGAAUGCACGUCUUCAAAGAUUACUCGCAAAACUCCAGGAACCGAAAAUAAUGAAUAUACGUCUUCAAAGAUUACUCGCAAAACUCCAGGAACCGAAAAUAAUGAAUAUACGUCUUCAAAGAUUACUCGCAAAACUCCAGGAACCGAAAAUAAUGAGUAUACGUCUUCAAAGAUUUCUCGCAAAACUCCAGGAACCGAAAAUAAUUUGAUAAACUGCAAUCGAAGUGAUACAGACUUUAUGAGCUUAAUCAAACAAAGACUGUCUCAGAAAAACAGUAGCAGUGAUAUCGUAUCCACUACCUCAAGAUCGAAAUCUAAUUCUAAAAGAAAAUAAAAUGAUAAAUAUCAGUGAUAACGAUAAGUAUUAGUGUGAUUUCAAAUUUCAAUGAUUUACCUGUUUUUACAUUUUGAUUGCAUGUACAUAUGUCGUAUUUUUUGUAACUUGAGAUUUUGCUAUCAAGAUAUUUAUUAUGUAUAAAAAUACAAACUGCAAUUAAAUCCCAUAACAAAAGA